AUGACGAAGCUCGGUACCUGCUUCUCAUGGACUUACCGCCAGCUGUCUGAGGCCCAAUGGACCCGAGAUCUAUUUUUACCACAAUUGCCUUUUACUGCCAUCCCAUCAGAUAGACGUGACUUGCGUCUGCAAGAAGCAAUCCUUUCAUCGUUCUCCGCAUCCGUUGUGCUCCGUUUCGUUUCCACCGUCAACGGUUACCUCGGAACUUCAUCGUCGUUGACAACGACCCUCGUCUCGCUCACCGGCAAGCACCACCACUCAACGACAGAAUAUGGGCGUCCUCUUGCGUGUAUUCAGAAUCUGCGCACGCCGGGUUGCAGAACUGGCUUGUGGAGUCGGCAGGGUGGAAGACCUCCGACGGUUGUUAGGGAUGAAGACAUCACCGUGGCACAACCAGACCCCGUACGCUCGACGGCUAACAGGGACCAUCGUUCACGUCGAGUCACCGAGGUCGAAAAUAGGACGGGAAAGAGUGUGAUCCGAUCUGAACGCUCCACGGUCACUGCAGAGAGGGAUAGAAACCACCCCAGAGUUGGGGCUGAAGCAAUCGAUGCUGGAAAAUAUGGAGAUCACUCGACGACAGAGAGAGAGAGCUCACUGGAGAUGGAUGACGGCGGGGAGGAUUUUGGAUGGGUCAGGUCCGUUCACGAUCGAGAUCCUGAAGGGCUGUACUUGAAGGUGUCUCAGCUGUGGGGAAGGGAAUUCGUAGUUUGGCCUGACGAACACGAUGCGGAAAACGACAUGAACUGA